AUGAAACCACGCCUGAAGCAAUGGAGACAGCGGAUGCUCCUCGGGAUCUUCGCUUGGGGGCUCCUCUUUUCGGUGGUCUUCAUCUACUUUACCGACAGCAACCCCGCUGAGCCGGUACCCAGCUCCUUCUCCUUCCUGGAGACGCAAGGGCUCCUACCGGUCCAGGGCAAGCAGCGGGCCAUCAUGGGCGCCCUGCACGAGCCCUCCUCGCCCGGGGGCGCGGACGCCAGCAGGGCGCUGCCGGGGGCGCAGGUGGCCGGUGCCUUCCGCUCGGGACCCGGCGACCCGCAGCAAUGGGCGCAGGUGCCAGCCAGGUUUGAAGACGAAGACGAGUUUUUUGCAUCCCAGGUCGGGAGAAAGUCCCAAAGUGCUUUCUACCCGGAGGACUACGACUCCUUGUUUGCGGCGGCUCGGCCAGGGUGGCCCAGCCACACCCAGGGGACCCUGGGGCUCCCCUCCCCGGGGGCGCCGGGCCAAAGUCCGCGUCGUGAGAAAAGGCGGCACAGGCGACAACGCCGGAGCCGCGCACCUCUGGAAGAAGGCGAGGACGGGGACCGGCUGGCCGCCUCCAUGUCCAGGGCCUUCCUGUACCGGCUCUGGAAGGGGAACGUCUCCUCCAAAAUGCUGAACCCGCGCCUGCAGAAGGCCAUGCGGGACUACCUGGCGGCCAACAAGCACGGGGUGCGCUUCCGGGGCCCGCGGGCGGCGCGCCGGAGCCGGGCCCAGCUGCUGUGCGAGCUGCGUAGACGCGCGCAGGUGCGGACGCUGGACGGCACCGAGGCGCCUUUCGCGGCGCUGGGCUGGCGGCGCCUGGUGCCCACCGUGCCCCUUAGCCAGCUGCACCCGCGCGGCCUGCGCACCUGCGCCGUCGUCAUGUCUGCCGGUGCCAUCCUCAACUCCUCCCUGGGGGAGGAAAUAGAUUCUCACGAUGCAGUUCUGAGAUUUAACUCUGCUCCCACACGUGGGUAUGAGAAAGAUGUUGGAAAUAAAACCACCAUGCGCAUCAUUAAUUCCCAGAUUCUGACCAAUCCCAACCAUCACUUUGUCGACAGUGCAUUGUAUAAAGAUGUCAUUUUGGUGGCCUGGGACCCUGCUCCUUAUUCUGCAAACCUUAACCUGUGGUACAAGAAGCCAGAUUACAACCUGUUCACUCCGUAUAUUCAGCAUCGCCAGAGAAACCCCAAUCAGCCGUUUUACAUUCUGCAUCCUAAGUUUAUAUGGCAACUUUGGGACAUCAUCCAGGAGAACACAAAGGAGAAGAUUCAGCCUAACCCCCCAUCUUCCGGCUUCAUUGGAAUCCUCAUCAUGAUGUCCCUGUGCAGAGAGGUGCACGUGUAUGAAUACAUCCCGUCCAUCCGGCAGACGGAGCUUUGCCACUACCACGAGCUAUACUACGAUGCCGCCUGUACCCUGGGCGCCUACCACCCACUGCUGUACGAGAAGCUCCUGGUGCAGCGUCUGAACAUGGGCACCCAAGGAGACCUGCAUCGCAAGGGCAAGGUGGUCCUGCCUGGCUUCCAGGCUGUGCAGUGCCCGGCUCCUAACCCCGCCGAUCCCCACUCUUAA